GCCGCGCGCACGUGUGAGCCCGGCGCUCAGAGCAGCGCGGCGGGCUGACGCGGCGGAGCGGGUUAGGACUCUGGAGCAAUGGGCGACUGGAGCUUUCUGGGGCGGCUACUCGAGAACGCGCAGGAGCACUCCACGGUCAUCGGCAAGGUCUGGCUGACGGUGCUGUUCAUCUUCCGGAUUCUGGUGCUGGGCGCGGCGGCGGAGGAGGUGUGGGGCGACGAGCAGUCCGACUUCACCUGCAACACCCAGCAGCCCGGCUGCGAGAACGUGUGCUACGACCGCGCCUUCCCCAUCUCGCACGUGCGCUUCUGGGCGCUGCAGAUCAUCUUCGUGUCCACGCCCACGCUCAUCUACCUGGGCCACGUGCUGCACCUGGUGCGCAUGGAAGAGAAGAAGAAGGAGCGGGCAGAGGCGUCGCUGAGCGGCGACGACCCGCACCCCGCGCCGGCCUUGGCGCUGCGGGCCGGGCCGGGCUCGCAGGACCCCGCGGGGCCCGAGGAGCGCGGCCGCGUGCGCAUGGCCGGGGCGCUGCUGCGCACCUACGUCUUCAACAUCAUCUUCAAGACGCUCCUGGAGGUGGGCUUCAUCGCCGGGCAGUACCUGCUGUACGGCUUCCGGCUGCAGCCGCUGUACCGCUGCGACCGCUGGCCCUGCCCCAACACGGUGGACUGCUUCAUCUCCAGGCCCACGGAGAAGACCAUCUUCAUCCUCUUCAUGCUGGCGGUGGCCUGCGCCUCGCUGGCGCUCAACAUGCUGGAGAUCUACCACCUGGGCUGGAAGAAGCUCAAGCAGGGCGUGACCCGCCGCCUGAGCUCCGUGGAGACCCCGCCGCCCGCCGCGGCCCCGCCCCGCCGCACGCGCUCCGGGGGUCCCCGCAGGGCCCCGCCGCCGGCCGCGGACCUCGGAGAGGCGGCUGCGGACCAGGAGCCCCCCGCGCCGGCAGCCGCGCAGAGCUGGGCGCCCCCGUCCCCGGGCUGGGCGCUCGCGGGCCUCGGCCCCGCAGGCCACGGCCCACCGCCGGCGCAGGAGGCCGAGCCCGGAGACGGCAGCAGCCUGGCGGGGAGCGCGCCGGCCGGCACCCCGGAGGUGGAGGGGCCCGCCCCGCUCCCCGAGAACGCCGGGAGGUCCAGCAAGGCCAGCAGCGGACGCGCCAAGCCAGGGGACCUGGCCAUCUAGCCGAGGUCGCUCCAGACGACUCUGUGGCACCGUUUUCUGGAAGCCCAAACCAAAGCGCAGUUGAGAUCCUCGUCCAGAGCCUGUGCUGGAGCGUGCGCUGCAGGCCGCGGAGGAGGACACGAGGGUCAGUCGGUCAGGGUCCGUGUUCAAUGCUUGCUGUUCUUAGCACUGUGAGUUCUAGCAGAUGAUGCCAGCGUUUCUGAGAUGGGGAGGUCGGGCAGAGGGCGGGGGUGGGGUGGGUGGAGGUGGAGGUGCCCUCAGCAGUGCGGCCUGGAUGUGAAGGCCUCCGUGGUCUCUGGGUAACUGUUCUGUUGCGAUAAAGUGACAGGUGUCUGCAGCCCUUCAGUCCAACGAUUGGGUUUUCUGCCCCUGAGCUCGCCAAGCCUCUGGACAGCCCAGAGAGCUACAGGGGCACUUAGCUCUACCUCUGCUUGAUACGCUUAAUUUAGAGUUGGAUUUCAUUUGGGAUAUUUGCCAAACUGCACUAAAAAAGAUUUAGAGUGCGUCCACAUAGUGUCAUUUGAAUUUCUGAAAUUGCAUGUGCAGCUCAGGAUGACAAAUUGCAGGCUUCAUGGCAAGUGACAAAGAACAGUUACCCUCCAGAGGCAGACCGUGGGACAGGGCCCCGGGGCCCCUGGAGGGAGGCAGUGGGGACGCAAGGGCCUUAAGAGCACUGUGCAAUGCUGAGGAAACUGAUGUAAAAGUGUGGCAGGUAUGCCUUAGUAUUUAUUUUUUAAAAUAUUUUGUGCUUUGAUCCGAAUGGGACAGGUGUACCACUUCCCCCGUUCCUUAGGGAACAAAGGUGCUGUUGCAAGGACACCGGCUCAGAGGUCGGUGGUUUGUCCUAAUACAUUCUACUAAAGAUUUUCAACUUUCUUUAAAAAGAAAAUCUUCCUAAAUCGGUCAAAGUCUCUGAGAAUGCACUAUUCAAAACAAAAGCAGGGGGAAAUUUACACUGUGAAAUACUAGAAGUUGUGAAAUUUUUAAAUAAGCAAUUAAAAGUUAACUACCAUUGCCAGAAAAAUAUUCAUACACAGGCAUCAGUGAUGAUCUAUAUUUAAAAAAAAAAAACAGUACAAAAUAAAACACUUCAAGUUUCCUAACCAUUCUUUGCGGGCAGCUUAUUUGCUUUCUAAAGUGUAAAUAAAAGCGUCUGGGUUUCAUGGCCCGCGUCAGAGUGUGGUGGGGUGAGGCUGCCUGCUCUCUGCCCCCAGGAGCUGCCCUGCAGGGCCUGUUCCUGCGUGGGCAGGGCCUCCUAUAGGGAGCCCCUGUGGGGCACAAGUUGAUUUCCUCAUGGUUCACUGUGGUUCGUCACCUUUCACCCAAAGGCUGAUACACCCACAUGUGAGGAAGAGUGUGAUUUGCAGUGCUCAAAUCCGUGUACACAUCUGCUUUUGUUUGUGAGUCAAACACAGAUUGUUCACUAGUGUGUUCUGCUUGCCACGAGAUGCAGUCUUACAGUCAACCACCAAGGCUUCAGAAAUGCUAAGUUGCCACACAUACCCCAAAAGCAGAAUUAAGCCCUUUGGAAAAUCAUCUGUGUGACUUUCCUCAGUUCUCCUGGCCCCUUGCACAUCUCACUCAGGCCGAUUGAGAUGGCCGACUUCUUUUUUUUUUUUUUUUUUUUAAUCAGUACGGGGGAUCCAACUCGAAACCACCUGCUUGCAAGGCAGGUGCUUAUGCCGCUGAGCCAAAUCCCCAGCCCCAAGAUGGCCGACUUCUAACUCCCACACACAGACAGCAGGCCCCAUCUCCCCGGGGGAAGGCAUUGGGGUGGAAACCUUCCCUCCUGCUAGGAGCAGCAGGAGCAGUGAUGAGAGGCCACAAGCCGGCUCAGGCAUGGGUGUGAAUGCUUCCUCAGUCCUCUACAAUCUAUGGUGAUCAAUGGGAAUAAAAUAAGCUUCCUGUUUACUCACCAUUUAAUUUUGACCGGGGAUGAAGAAGAGAGUGAUAACCAUAACUAUUUAGCCUUUACAGUUUAAAAUUCUUGUCUGUGAAAAUACCAGUUAUUUGGCUGAAUACAGCCUAGCUGACCCAUUAAGUCCGUAGGUAAAAGGAUGCAAAAUUGGACUCACGUAUUUAAAACCACUACCUUAUUAAGAAGGUGUUACCAUCGCACUGCCUAUGGAACUUGCCCGGCUCGCAGUAUACUGACUUCAGCUCACAGGAAAGUAAAGGUGCGCGCUGCACCUGCUGCCAAUGCACCUGUGUCCUAAGGCUCGGCCCGUGUCCCUCAUGGGGUAUGGAAUCACUCUCUAUUUAAUGAAUCACUUUAGGCAUUGAAACUGUGCAGUACAAAUACAUAUUGCCUCUCCUUAUGGACAAGACUCCAGACGCAUUUUUUCUAGUUAAUGAUUUAGACAUUUUACUGACACUAAUUUCCCACUGAACUAAUAAAAAAAAUCGAAACAUUUAAGCUUAGUUUAAAAUUCAGGUAUAUUUCCACACAUGCUGCUCAGUCCACACACACAGCGCCUUCUUACACCCCUGCUUUUAGGGGCAGUCAGCUGUUGACCCUGAUACAAUCUGUAGUGAUUACAAAAUGUUAACAUUAUUGUAGUCACAGGGCCCAAAUCCUUAUUUCCAUUUCUAAAAUAUUUAUUAUCACUCACUUUCUAAGCUUUUAUUUUGCUGGUUUUUUCCUUUUCAUAAAAUCCACCCAAAAAGUUUCCUUAAGUUUACCAAGAAAAGGGAGAAAAGAGCAAGCCAGCAUAUUUCUGGCAUAGCUUGUCUUCAUUUGAUCUGGAUAAGUUGAUAGAGCAUAGAGUUCUUAUACAAGAAUAUCUGGGAUAGAAAUAUAAAUCAAAGAUUACUUUAUUUAAAAUUAACCUAUGGGCUGGGGGCGGGGGCAGUGAUCCAGCACUUACCUCGCCUGUGUGAGGUCCUACGUUCAAUCCCUCUCCUUGCAAAGAAUAGAAAUUUUAAAAGUGGGGUUUACAUCUGUUCUAAAUUGGGUUACUAUUAUUACUAACACUUCUUGUAGUCCUUUUAGUAUUAAUAAAGUCUUUUACUGAAA